AUGGCAUUUUCAGUUUUCGAAACGAAAGACAUCAACAAGGAAAACGUACCACCGAGGAAUCAGACACGAUCGCGACGGUCCCUGUUCGACUUGCUUGUUUGCAGAGAGUCGCGUCUGAAAUCUAACGAGGUGAAUUCUAUAAAUAUUCGAAGUAAUUGAUUUUGUUGGUGGUUUCAAUGAUUAAUACUACUGUCCAUCGUUCAUACUUUAUUUGGCUUAACCACCUAACAUUAACAUAUUAUAUUUUAAUUUGAUACUGGCUAGUUAUAAUCUAAAUCAAAAUUGUGUACCUGCAUAAAUACAUGAUUUGUACCCAUACAAAAAAUAAAAAAAGACGACCUAGGAUAAUAAGGACGGGAACAGCCACUCUUAUAGGUAAUUUAAUGUAUACCUGAGUUCAGUUGAUAGUGAUGCUUUGUCAACAAUAUGUAUUCUAUAUUGUAAUAAAAUAAUUAAAUACAUUCUAUAUAUUUUUUUUUAAUAAUAUUUGUUUAAUGUUGUACCGAUUUCCCCGGUUUUCCUAUGUUUUUCUCAGGUUUUUUUUCUUCGAUUUUUCGUACUUAAUGAGAAAACUCUAGAGAAGAUCGAAAAUUGAUCUCUUUAAGGUACCUCCCCAAACAAAUUUUCUUUCAGAAAAGAUGCUACACGUAAAAAUCGAAGCAAGUCACCUGGUAUACAGAAAAAAAAUAAACACCAUUGUAAAAUCAUUAGCUUUUUCGCUCCAUUCCGAAUCUAAAAAUUUUAGUUCCCUUAUAAAUAAAAAAACAUCUAUUAUAAAUUUAAAUCUUAUUUAUACAUUUUGUACAAUUUGUUAUUUUGUUCUAUAUAUUUGAUAUUUUAGUAAUUGUAUAGGCACUAUUAUAAUUUUACAAUAAGUAACUAUUUUUAUUAAGAGUAUAUUCAUUAUUUUAAUAUUUACAUUACAUAUGUUGAAAGAACGAAGGGUUGUGUUGUGAGUGAUUCUCUAAUCACGAGAAUAUUAUGAGAACAUUCUUCAAAAUAUUGUGCUUUGAAUAUUAUUGAACAUGAUCAAAGUUUAAGUUUAUUCUUUAAAAAAUAUAUCAGACUCAAGAAUAAUCAAAAUUAUUCUCCAGAAAAAAAAAAUCAGUAAUAUUAAUUAUAAUUCAGUACACAAAUAUUAAUAUUUAUACAUAUUUUGAUUCGGAGCGUAACAAGAAAUGUAUUGGUUUUACUAUGAUGUGUGUGUUUUUUUUUUUUUUGAUAGUUGGUACAGCAAAGAUAAGUAAUAUCAUAGUGAGUGGUUACUGGUUAUUUUAUUGGUCACCUAAAGUUAUUCAUGCCAUCAUACUUCAUCGUCAUUGCCCAUAAGUUAGCAUUUUACUAUUUUUACUAUUUGUAGCUUAAAAUUUAAACGAAGUCCCCAAAUGAAUAAAAGUCAUACAAAAAGCCACGGUCCCCGGCACACCUGGCACACCCUGUGCGUACGCCUAUGAUUAUAAUAUAUUAUCAUUCAGAAGCUUGAUUUUUACUUACAAAUUAGUGUUAGUGUUUUUAACCCGAACCAGUUCAAAUGAACGUCUAUAAAACAACCUUUUUAAAAUUUUAAAAUUUGUUUCGAUUACAUUUUUUUAACAAUUUUUAACAUUUUUAAUUUUUUUAGUUUUCAAUAAAAAAAUACAAUCAAUUUGAAUUUUUGUAUAAGAGGCCAGCAUACGACCUAUAUUUUUGCUCAAAACCUAGUUUACAGUGUUAACUCCUUUUAAAAUCAUCCAAUUUCAAGAGUUUUUUGUUUUGUUUUUGGAAAGUGAGAAACUCCCUUCAGGAACAUCAACAGACUUGACAUUGGACUUCAGUGUUUGAUGAAGUAUCCAAAAACCACGAAAAAAAAUUAAACAAAAGGGUCAUAUUCAAACUCAAGAACAACUACAAUGUUAAGGAUUGUAUACAUUCCCUUUAGGUAAAACUUUCGUAAUUUAUUUUAGACUCUGAGUGAAGCGAAAAAAAAACAGGAAAAUAUAAAAAACAUAGGUAUUAGCUAAAAUUAUUAAGGCCCUCUUUUUUCCUGUAGACAAUUUUUCUAUCAACAAUUUUAAUUUAACUUAUAAUGAUAGGAAUUUUUCUGAAAGGAAAUUUUACCGAGAAGGUACUUUAAAGAAGAUGUUUUUCAAUUUUCCCUGGAGUUUUCUCAACAAAUGUGAACAACUGGGAAAAAACAUCAGGAAACCGGGGAAGUUGGUACAACAUUAAACAAAUAUUAUUAAAGAAAAUAUAUAGAGCCUAAUUAAUUAUUUUGCUAUAAUAUGGCAUAUAUAUUGUUGACAAAGCAUCACUAUAAACUGAACUCCACUGAGAAUCGUUUUUUCGUAAGCUAUGGUUUAUUUUUGCUUACAGAUAUACAUUAAAUUAACUAUAACAGUGGCUGCAGCCGUCCUCAUUAUUCUAGGACAUCUUUUUAUAAGAUCUAUGAAAAUAACGAAUAUUUUUAAUAAUUUUGUAUUUAAAAAUUAGCAAACAAGUGUUUAGAUAAGUGAACACUGCUCAGAAUCGUGUUUUGUUCGCAACGACUUUUCGUCGCAUUCAAAAUAUAACAUUAAUUAAUAUAAUAUACGAGUAUUAUCUACCUUUCUAACUUUCCAUAUUCAUUAGACAACAGUAGCCUAGUCAUAAGUAGAAUCAGUUUUGUUCUUUUAUGACAAAAUAUGUACAAAACUAAAUAGGUACCUAUACAUAUUUAUGUAUACUUUUUAAAAAAAUUGUUAAUUUUAAUUAUUAUCAUGUAUACUGUAGUGAGCUUAUUAAGAACUAAGGGAACAAUUACGGAAUGCCAUUUUAUUUUGUAAUAUAUUUUACUAACCAAUUUUUGUUAAGCCCGUAAAUAUUAUUAAUAUUAUUAAUUUAAAACAAAUUGGUUCAAAAGUCAUAAAUGACUUGCUACGAAGGUAUAGAGAAAGAGAACACAAAUUUAUACAGGUGAUUAUUUUUAUCAUUGACCAGUAUUUAUCUCGGAAGUUUUUAAGUGAAUUUAAUUUCUAUUUUUUUAAUCUUUGUAGAAUCAUUUAAGCUUUAUUUAAAAACCAAUUUUUAAUUUUUGACCUUUUCUUCAUAUAUCUUAAAUAACAAUAAACUUUUGUUUUUUAAAUGAGAAUCCCACCUUUUUUGAACACAGAUUGCAAUAGAGUAUAUUUUUUUUAGAAAUUUUGAUACUCAUAACAUUAAUAUCUGAUUUACCAUUUAUAAGUUAUAACUGUUUAAAGUUUAAACCGGAGGAGUAGGAAAUAAUUAUUAAUUAUCAUUUAAAAUGUAUAGAGUAGAGGUAAAAACUUAAAAAUGGUUUUAAAAUAAAGCUUAUAUAAUUGUACAAUGAUCAAAAAAUAUAAAUCAAAUUCACUUAAAAUAUUCAGAGAUAAUUACUGGUUUAUGAUAAAAAAAAUCACCUCUUUUUAAAAAAAUGUUAAACCCACUCCCAAAAAAAAAAAUUUUAAAAUACGCCACCAAAAAAUUUGGUUGUAGGUCAUAAUGUAUCCGACAAAAUAUCUCCAGGAAGUAAUAUCUCAAAUAUAAAAUAUCUUUAACAAAAUAUCUCCUGUUAAGAGUUUCUCCAGAAAAAAAAAACUCGGGUACAAAAUAUCUCUAGUAAAAAUAUCUUCGGUAAAAAAUAUCUCUUAUAGACAAAAUGUCUCCUGAAAAAAUCUCUAGGAUUUGUUUAAAUAUUUUUUAAUACUAAUAAUUUUAGAUGGUGAGCAAUCUCUCUUAAAAAAAAAUAAAAUAAAAUUUCGAUCGAACAAAAUUAAAUAAAUAUUUCAAAAAAUAAUUAAAUUUAACCAGUCAACUGACUUGAGCAUUAUAGUUAUAAUUAUCGCUGAAUUCGUAUCACAUGCCAUAUCUAACCCUAGCGAAGGAACUCGUAUUCGUAAAAAAUAUUUCAGAUAAUACUACACAAUACUAAUAUUGUGAUUAGUUAUUAUUUCCAGUGGUAUAUUUCCAUUAAAUGUAUUUUUAAUAAGAGAUAUUUUUUAAUAGAGAUAUUCUUAACUGGAGAUAUUGUUAUCUGGACAUUUUUUGUCAAAGAUAUUUAGUAUUGGAGAUAUUUUUUACUGGGAAUAUUAUUAACUGGAGACAUUUUGUCCAAGAUAUUUUGGCUGGAGAUAUUUUAACUGGUCACCAAAAAUGUAAAUGGAUGAAUAAUUAUUAUUCACCGCAUAGGUAGGUCUACCUAAUUCUAAUUCAAAUAAAUAAAUAGUUAAAUAGUUUAAUAGUAUAUAAUACUGUUAAAUUUGUUAACAAUUUAGUUUAAUUUUUAAUUUUCAGACACAAAAAUAUUGUUUUGCUUCUAUUCUACCAUUUGUUGUUUAUCAAGAUAAACAAACUGUUGAAAAAGCUAUUGAAAAUAAUGUGGGAAACCAGAAAUCCUUAUUCCUUAAGACCAAAAAUAACAGCAAUGAAGCAAAGGUACCUAAUAUAUCAAAUUAUAUAAAAUUAAUUUUAGAUUCUAAGUGGAGCGAUGAAGCCUAUGAUUUUACAAAGAUGUUUUUUUUUUAAUUUGUGGACAACGUUUAUACUACUAGAAAUUUUGUUUUGAUUUUUAAAUGUAUCACCUUUUCUGAAAGAAAAUCAGUGUAGGGAGGUACUUUAAGUAUGUAAUUUUUGAUUUUCUCAAGAUUUUUCUCAUAAAAUGUGAAAAACCGAAAAAAAAAACUGAGAAAUACUGUAGGAAAAACGGGGAAAUGAGUACAUUAAACAAAUACUAUUAAAGAAAAUAUAUUAUGCCUAUUUAAUUAUUUUACCGCAUUAUGACAUAUAUAUUGUUGACAAAGCAUAACUAUCAACUGAGCUCCGUUCAGAAUCGUUUUUUGUUAGCAAUAGUUUAUCGUUGCAUACAUUAAAUUUCUAUUUUUUGAAACCUUCCAAGGGCCUUGUUUGCGCCAAUGCGCAAAGUUAAGGUUAAGUUAAAAAAUAUAUGUAUAAUUUGUUUUUUUAAAAAUAUUUUGGCGGAAAAUGGUAGUUAUUAUAAGAUACCUAUACAUAGGUACCUAAUGUUGUUUCCUAUACUUUUGGACAUCACCCAUAGUAAUAAAAUAUAAACAAAUAUCUGUUAAAAAGGUUUUCUUACCCAAGAUUGAAUUGGAUAAUAGGAAACCAUUGAUGGACAUUGGUCAAUUCUUACAAACAUCUAUACGAUAUCCAAUUGAAACUGAUGAAAAAUCUAAUAUCAAGCAUAUAAAGGAAUCUUUAGUUUCAUGUUGUAUGUAUACUGAACGUAAAGUAGUUGACCAUGAACAUGAUGUCGUCCAUAAUUUAGGCGUUUCAUUAGCUGCACAUCAGAUGAGCUGUAACAUAAACACAUAUACAUGUGAAUUGUAUUCAUAUUUUAAGGACGUUGAGGUAUUAUAAAAAUAUAUUAAUUUAGUUAAUGGUGAUUAUAAUUCCUUUUAUUUUUUAUUACUAGAAAUUAGAGUGUCCUGAUCCUGAAUAUAUGAGAGCGUAUCCAGAUGUUACACAUAGGAUGAGAUCAAUGUUAGUUGAUUGGUUGGUUGAAGUAGCUCAAGGGUAUAUGCUGCACAACGAAACUUUAUAUUUAGCCGUUUCAUUUAUUGAUCGGUACCUUAGUUUGAAGCUAGUGGAUGUUGCUUAUCUUCGGUUAUUGGGUACUGCUGCUAUAUUUAUUGCUUCGUACGUUUUAAAAUUUUUAUUUUCAUAAAUAACAAUUAAUUUAUAAAAACUAUAAUAUAUUAAUAUAUUGAAUAUUAAUGUGCAACUAUAAUAAUAUUUAUGAAUAUUGUAAGUAAUUUUAUUUUUUUUUAGGAAGCAUGAAGAAAUUUAUCAUCUAGAUAUAAGUGAAUUAGUUCAUAUAGCGGAUGAUAUUUACACAGAAAAACAAAUACUUAACAUGGUAGAGUCAAUAGUGGACAUUUUAUGGUUCAAUGUGUCAAAUCCCACAACCAUUAUUUUCUUAAAACUUAUAUGUGUUCAUUGUAAAGUUCCAUUGAAAGUCAUGUACUUAGCAAUGGUAAAUUUUGAAAAUCAUAUAGGAGUAUAAGGCGUUUUAUAGUAUUAAUAAUACAUAUAAUAUAUAUUCUAGUAUUUGGCAGAACUGACCUUACUAGAAGCAGAUCCAUACUUAUCAUUUAUGCCUUCCAUGAUUGGCUGUGGAGCUAUUGCAUUGGCGAGAUUAAUAUCAGGCAAUGAAGUGAUUUGGCCAGAAGAGAUGUCUGAUGUUACUAAUUAUUUUCUAAAUGAUCUGGUUUCUGUUCUUAAACAUUUAAACCAAACAUACAAAGGUGUGCGAAACGCCAAACAGACUGCUAUUGGAUUGAAGUACAAAUCUGUCAAGUAACGUUGGCAAUUUAUUUAUUAUGUAUUUAUUUUAACUAAAAACGAUCAAUAUCCUAUGCAAUUUAAUUUUUUUUUGGGGGGUCUUUAGUUAUAUAGAUUUUGAAUUUUCAUUUGAAGAUGCAUGUAUUUCGUGUUGAUCAAAUAUGGCCAUGUGCAAUACAACUUUUUUCUUAAGUGGUAAAGCAUCUUUUUAACCACUAGUUAUUACGAUUCAUAUGUUUGCAUGCAUUGUAAUGGUAAAACUACUUUUUUAAAUCUAAAAUUAGUUGAGAUACAGUUAUAUAACCUUUAUUCGAUAUUCAAUAUAUUAUGCGAUAUGUAGAUAUCAUACCAUUCUUCAUAAUACUUAUUAAAAUCCACGGUUUCCAAGUAAAAACUUGACUUCAUUUUAUUUUGAAAAUUAAAUUAUGAUGGUUUCUGAUAAGUAAAGGUUGCAAGAAUGAGAUAAUUCUGACCAAUCGUUUCAAAGGUGUAACUUAUUUGGAGUUAACUUGUUCCGAAAAUGCAGUACAAAAAUGUGAUAACUUCAGUUAUCUUAUCAACAUUAGUGUUAUCAUAAAAACCUAAAUUUUAAAAUGUUUUUAUUCUCGUUUCCUUAAAAUUAAGAAAAAAUGACGUUUUUAGGUUUUUCUUGGAACCCUUCCAUAUAAGAAUAUAAAUAACAUGAAUUUUAUUAUUCUCUACUAUUUAUCAAGUAUUUUAAACUUACUGCUAUUUAGAUAAACAUUACUUAAUGGCAUCAUAUCUAAAAAUAUUAACUAUGUACAUUUAAAUUGCUUUAUCUCAGCUAAUUUUGUACUUGGAAAAUUUGUUUUACCAUUAGAAUUAAUGAAAAAAAAAAACCAAUGGUUAAAAAGAGGGUUGUCAUUUAAGAAAAAAAAUUGUAUUGUGAUUAUAUUCUAAAUAACAGUAAAAUAAUCUGAAUGCAUAAUAAUAUGUUUCAAUUAUAACAACUAACUAAAAUUAAAAAAAUUAAUAUUGUGGCUCUUUGAAAGAAUAUUGAGUGUUUUAAAUUAACACUUCUAUACCUUAAGAGUACCCUAAAUCCAAAUUUGCUGUUUUAGUCUAAUCAAUGGCCAACAUGAACAAAUUAAAUUAAAUAGAACAUACAUUUCCUUUACUAUCUAUUAGUUAAAUGAAACAACACAUAACAGUACUCUUAAAAGUGUACUGAAAACUGUGUAUAAAAAAUAGUUGAAGAAUAAUUUAUUAAAUAAAAUAAUACCUUGAUACCACGAGCCAACUACCAAUUACUAUAAUAAUAUUAUAUUACCUAAUAUUAAUAUUAUUAUGCAUAUACAUAUUAUUAUACGUCUAUUAUAUGUAUUUUAAUAUUUUAAAAGAGAGCAGUUAUUCAAAAAUACUAAGGACAAAUAAUGACAGAAAGUAGGUAUUUCUCUACUUAUAUAUUUUAAACUUGUAAUACUUAAUUUAAAAAUACAUUUUGGGUUUUCUAAAAUGGUUAUUAUCAUUUUUAAACGAAUUCCUGAAAAAAAAAACAGAAAAAAAACCAAAUUUUAUAUUUGAAUAAGGAAUAUAAUAAUAUUGAAAAUUAUUUAAAAAUAAUAAUAGUUAUCUUAUAUUAUCAGCCAUAUAGACAUAUAGUUACAUGAUUAUGUCUUAUCAAACCCGCAUUGAAUGAGUCAAAAAUGUUGAUAUGUUUAUAUCAUUACAAUUAGUUUAUAAUUGUGGUAAUUUUGUAUUAACACAAUGAAAUAAUAUUUUUAUUUUUUUUUUUAUACAGUAGGUUUCUGCUACCUCUAACUGUAUUUUUUAAUCAUUGACCAAACAGUUGAAUUUUGUCCAACAAGGUUACUGAAACGUUUUUUUCUUUGGUUUUUUUGGGAGGGGUGGGUUCUCUAUGUACUUUAUCAAACAAGCCUUAUUCACAGCAGUUAAAGGUACUGAAGUGAUAAAAUGUUUAAAACAAUAUAAAAUUAAAUGUUAUUUAAACUGUUAUAGAUACCAUUGUGUCUCAGAAAUUGAGUACAAAGAUUUAGUCAUUCCUGAUAUUAAAGAAACACCUCAAAAAGAAAUGAUAGAAGGAUUGAAGAAGAUACACAUUUAA